GCAGCAACAAUCAGUUCACACCGUACGCUCGGCGCGAAAGGCACGGCUGGCAUGUGAUAGAGCGCGCGACACGCUAACGACAAAACUCGCACGCGUGUGCGUCGCAUACGCGUGAGUGAUUUUCGUCUCAUUUCUUUCAUUUUUUUUUUCUUUUUCUUUAUGAACCAGAAAACGCGACGAGAGAGCACAAACGGUCCGGGCGGAUUCAAACAAUGUUGUGGGAUUGACUGGACGAAUCAACUGUCAGCCGGUGCGCGCCGUGGUGAAUUCACGUCCUGUUCUCUUUUUUAGUUCCCUUUUUUUUCUUUCCUUUUCUUCGUAAUUUAGUUAUCAUCUAGAUACACGAUCUGGAUGACAUUUUGCACCUCACUAUCAACAUUCAUCGCAUUUCAAGGGUAUCUUCAAAAGUAUAAUAUUUUGUCGAGUCUUUCGUUCUUACUUUCCAAAGUGAAAUAUACAUCUGACUGAAGGUCUGUCAAAUGAAGAGGUGAUGAAAAUAAAUAACAAUACCAAAGAAUACAAAAUAGUAUGCCAAAUCAAGGCAAAAUAUCAAGUCGCAUCUUCACAUUAUGCGUUGUCCUGAUCAGUUUGACAUGGAGUGUUGUGGGAACCCCGGUUCGAUACAGGACGAAACGGGAAGCGGAAAUAGCGUCGACCAACUGGACCGCGCUAGCCGACGAAUGGCUCGCGGCGAAAUCCAGGAUUGCCGAAAAGAUGGACGUCGCUCUGCUGCCGUUCAACGAGAGAUUUCGAGAAUUACCGCCUACGGCGGAAACCUUCAUCAUUAACGGUACGAGUCCGGAACAAUUAAAACGGUUAAAUUACUCGCGGAUGCUGUGGGAUAUGGAAACGGUCCAGCCGACCGGACACCUAUCUGGAUUUGUGGACAAGGCUCUUAAGCUGCUUGACCUGAGACAGGUGAUGAUGGAGGUCGAGACCUCCGUCAUGUCUAAAGUCUCUUGCACUGCUUGCAAAGUCGGUGCCGGUUUGCUACAGCAUUACAUAAAGAGUGGCAAAAGCGAUGAGGAGAUCAUGGCUAGCAUUUAUCAGUUUUGCGUGUCGCUCAACAUACAGAGCCCCCGAGUUUGUCACGGGGUCACCAUGCUCUUUGGGGGGGAGGUGAUUUACGUGCUGAAACAGGUAAACAUGGGUCCGGCGCAAAUCUGCAGUUUCGUGAUCGGCGACGCGUGCGACGACGCGUUCAAUCCGCUACACGAAUGGGAGGUGGCUUUCCCACCGGUGAAGAAGCCGCCGAUCAAGCCGCCGAUCCCGCCGCAGGAAAAGGCGCCGACGUUCAAGGUCCUGCAUAUUUCCGACACGCACUACGACCCAUACUAUCAGGAGGGUGCGAACGCCGAAUGCAACGAACCGCUCUGCUGUCGGCUGACGAACGGCGCCCCGUUGACCGCCUCGGCUGCCGCUGGACGAUGGGGCGAUUACAGAAAAUGCGACACGCCCAAGAGAACGAUCGACCAUAUGCUCAAGCACAUCGCCGACACACAUUCGGACAUCGAUUACAUUUUAUGGACUGGCGACCUACCACCACACGAUGUCUGGAAUCAAACGCGGGAAGAAAAUCUCAAGGUCUUGCGUGACACAGUCAAGCAGAUGGUGGAGAUGUUUCCCGGCAUACCAAUUUUUCCGGCUUUAGGAAAUCACGAGAGCUCACCGGUCAACAGCUUUCCACCACCAUUUGUGCCCGAGGAGAACAGUAUCUCGUGGCUGUACGACGAACUCGACAAACAUUGGCGACUUUGGCUGCCGGCCGGCGUGUCCCACACUGUUCGUCGCGGCGCCUUCUAUUCGGUCUUGGUUCGACCAGGUUUCAGAAUACUCUCGGUGAAUAUGAAUUAUUGUAACAACAAAAACUGGUGGCUACUGAUCAACAGCACGGAUCCGGUUAGCGAGCUGCAGUGGCUCGUGUACGAGCUACAGGGCGCCGAGAUCAACGGCGAGAAGGUGCACAUAAUCGGCCACAUCCCACCCGGACAUUCUGAUUGUCUCAAGGUGUGGUCAAGAAAUUAUUAUCACAUAAUCAACCGCUAUGAAUCAACAAUCGCGGCACAGUUCUUCGGACACACGCAUUACGACGAGUUCGAGUUAUUCUAUGAUACAUCGGACCUUGGCAGAGCGCUCAGCAUCGCCUACGUCGGUCCUUCAGUCUCGCCAUAUUAUGAGCUCAAUCCCGGCUACAGAAUAUAUUACGUCGACGGAGAUCAUCCCAAAACUACAAGGAUGGUCGUCGAUCAUGAGAGCUGGGUCAUGAAUCUAAAGGAAGCAAACCUUUAUGAUUAUCCGAUCUGGCAUAAGUUGUACAGCGCGCGACAAGCCUAUCAAAUGGCGUCACUCUUGCCGAAGGACUGGGACUCGCUGAUCGAUAAGAUGACUAACGAGCCAGCCCUCUUUGAUCUCUAUUACAAACAUUACUACAAAAACUCUCCGGUGCGACCGGCGUGCAAUGACGAGUGUCGCAAGAGAAUGCUCUGUGAUCUGCGCAGCGGAAGAAGCCACGACCGAAAGGCGUUAUGUCAGAGCCUGGAAGCAAGGAUCGACGUCGAGACGAAAACGGGCUGGCGCGCGUGGAUCUACAAAGGACUUGCACUAUCGAUGUCUGUGGUCAUGGCCAUCCCCAGAUUUGCGUACAAUUUACCAAAGUACGUCCUAGGACUGGGUUAAAACAAGGAACGGACGCCAAGUGCAAAUAUGUGACUCAACUUGUGAUGUUAAAUAAUUAAAAAUACUCACGAUAAAGCGCGUUGUCGCAAUUAAAACACGGCUUUCGGCGCCGUUGACAAUCAACGAUAUUCAUCAAAAGAUAUUCAUAAAUAUCACGUUCAACUUGCAAAUUUUGCAGAAUCAUCUCAUACACAAUUCUUCCAAUCUCAAAAGAAACUCUGGAAGAAUUACAUUAAAAUGAAUCAUUUCUAUGAGAAACCCAGCGAGAAACGAUAAUGAAUUUGACAUCAAUUCGACGUCGAAUCGACAUCGAAAUGAUGAUUUCGAUGUCGAAUCGAUGUCGAUUCGAUGCACUAUUUCUCACUGGGAAAGAAUUGAUCGAUAAAUAAAAUAAUUAAUCUGCUUUAAAGAAUUAAUUUUCCAAUUCUUAAAAAGUAUAUUGACAUGUUUUAAAAUUUUUAAGAUACAACAAAAUUUUAUUGUUACACCCUAAUUUUGAAGAUUGAAUAUCAGAACUUUAUAAAAUAAAUUUGUUUCUAAUGAUAUAUAAUUAUAUCUAUUUUUUAUAUCACAUGAUUUUGUUAAUAAAAUAAAUAUGUACGGAAAUUUAAAAAGACAUUAACUAAAAAAAUAUUUUAUGGUAUAACACUUUUAAAUAUUAUUGAAUAUAAAAUUUGUUUUUAUUUAAAGAAACACAAUCGCAACCCGCUUUCGAUUGAAGAUUAAAUUGUUAUAAUUUCAAUUUUUAAUACUCAAAAUGUGCAAAAAAUAUUUUACAUAAAUAAUACGUGAAUUUUAUCAAUUUAGAAAUAAACCAUGUACAGUAUGAAUAGAAAUAAUACGUUCGAUAAAUCCCA